AUGGCCGACGUCACUGGCAUACUAGGCUUGGUAGCUUUGUUCAGUACCUGCCUAGAAGGGUACAGGCUGUGCCUUGAUUUGACCAGCUCGUCUCAGGAUGUGAAGUUGCUCAGGACGAAAAUGUUUCUCCAGCGGGAGCGGUUCUUGAAUGUUGGAAGAGCUUGUGGCCUUUUGACGAACGAUGUAACAAAGCAGAGACCGGAAAGCCUCCGAUUAUUUCUUGUGCAAGAUCCAUUCCGUCAGCGAGCUGUCAGAGGCUUUGGAGCACAUCGUAUCACUGCUGUCCAAGGCACAGGCUCUAGACCGUCGAUAUUAUCCCCAGGACGGGCUUCCAGAAAUUCUCAAGGAAAAGAUACUUUGAAUGACAGUACUGCCCAGUUGCGCGUCUCUUUGCGAAAGUUCACCUGGACUGUGCGAGACAAGCAGGCAUACGAACAGUUGAUUAAUCAUUUGAAGGAAUUUAAUGAAUGCCUCGAACGCAUUUUCCCUGGCCCAUUACAGCAUUUCUUAGAGACAGCCUUACCAGCAACAGCGAUUGUUGCUAACAAAGAGAAUGAUUUGCCGACUCUGGAGCAAGCCUCGACCAGUCAUGCUGUUCUACUAUCCCAAGUGCGAUGGACCGGAUUAGUCCAUGGCCUCCAGGGAGUAAGCGUGGGAGAUCAACUCAAAACGGGCGAUAUUGCAAUACUGGGCUGCGAGAAGACCGCGAGCCGCUAUGUAGCCCGCAGUAACUUUUCGCAAAGCCUUCUGCUUGUGGAUUGGAACCCGCCGUCCGUCACGUCAUCCGCCAAAGUAAACCAGAUUCGCCUCGUUUCCGGUCUUUUGAGGGGAGAGAAACCCGACGGACUCCGAAUUAUUUCCUGCGUUGGGUACCUGGAACAAGAUAUCAAGAGCGACCAGGUUCGGUAUGCUCUUGUUUACGAGUUGCCGUACUCCAACGCUACUAGUAAUGAAGCAUCACCUCCAAAACUCAAGUCGCUACUGCAGCUACUCGAAUCGUACAGGACGGUUCUGUUCCCUCCGCUAGAAGCAAGAAUUCAGCUGGCCCGAAUCCUUUGUAGGGCGAUCUUGCUGUAUCAUUCCUCUGGGUGGAUCCAUCACGAUUUCCGUUCCUACAACAUCAUAUUCACAGGAGUUCAGGCACUCAACAGUCAGCUAAAUGAUCCUAACGAUAUCAUAGAAUAUCAAGGGCUAAGGAUAGAUCAGCCAUACGUGGUGGGAUUCGGCUUUGCACGCGACGAAGAAGCCACGUCUAUUGCCUUCGCCGACAAAAGUUCCAUCAGCCAAACCUUGAAGCAGCAGCGUCGUUAUUGGUCUCCUGCUUACCUCACGAGCAGCAAAGAGAAGAGGACACGCCGUUCCUUCCAGCGCUCCCAUGAUAUUUACUCUCUCGGGUGUGUUCUACUUGAGAUUGGGGUAUGGAGGCCACUUGGGAGCUAUACUUGGGAAUCUCAAUACGAGACAGAUCAUGAGAAAUGGUAUGAGAGGCUUCUGAAAGAGGAAGGCAAGCUGAGAGCUCUAUGUGGGUCACGAUAUGCAGAAAUUGUGAUGAGCUGUUUGAACUGUGGGACUUCAGAUGUCCAAACAGACAUACAAAUGCUAGCAUUUGAUAUAUUAUUGAAACUGGAGGAAAUCAUAGUUUGA